AAAAUCUCUAUUAGCUUUUGAAAUGUUAUACCACUUUGCUUUUCCUUUUUUAUUAAAUCUCUAACUUAAAAAAAUCCUAUCUGAAAUCUUUAUGUAGUCACCUCUAAAGCAGUAGUUUAUAUUAUUGGGCCAUAGAAAGAGAGCUAUACAGAGUUAAUAUGCAUGGAUGGAGCAGACAUAUGCAUACUGUAGGUAUAUAGAUGGACUCUCAUUUUGUGGGGCUUUUUUGUGCUAAUUUUCUAUAAUUUUUUUUUCAUUUUGAGAAGCUUGGAUCUUGAAUCCAGUUUGCAGAAGCCUGAAAACUGACUGAUUAUUUAGCCCGGGAAACUCCUUUUCCAGAAACAUGACAAUCAUAGUUUAAAGGAUUCCAGCUCUGCUGAAUAUUCCCUAUAGAGACAUAUUUUGAUCUCUCACAUGGUAGCUUGCAGACGUUUUGAUUUUCCAAAGACAAAUGCCAGGUUAUCAAGGUGGGAAAAAAUAGGCCACACUGGGAAUCCCCAGUACUGAUCAGAGACACUAAGGAUAUCACUGCAGAGAACCACAGAAAGCACGGAUGGGAUGAUACGUGCGUUUUUUCACUCAAGUUUCUCUUGAUUAACUUAACAAAGUUAAUUUAAUCAUUUCAGCUUUUGCCUUUCUUUAACCCCAUGCUGUUCAUACUGUUUUCUUUGUAGUCACUGAACAAGAGACUAAAGUGCCCAAGAAAACCAUCAUCAUAGAGGAAACGAUAACAACUGUGGUGAAGACCCCAAGGCAAAAGCGAAAGAUGUCUCCCGCCCGUCCUCCUUCAGGUUACUCUCUCUCCCGCUCUCCAAGAUCAGAGCUGCUGACCCCAGAGCCAGUUUAUGUGACAAAGGUCAGGCAGCCUGUACACAGGCAUGAGCCGGAGGCCACACGGAAGACUGUCAUCCCUACGUUCUUUGUGACAGAGCCAGAGGACAGACAAGGAGCGGCAGCUAGACCUGUUGUCGUAGAAACCAAGGUGGAAGAACAAAAACCCAAAUGGGUCGAAGUGGAGGAAAUCAUUGAAUUCAAGGUGAAAAAAUCACCCAAGCCUGCGAAGAAAAGAGGCGCUUCCCCAGCAAAGCCAGAAAAAGAUGACUCAGGAGUAUUGACAUUCACUAUGCCUGACCCAAGACCUAGGCGUUCCUCUGAAGAUGACCCAAACACAAACAACUCCAACAAUAAAUUAGUGGAGCAGGCCAAGUCUUCCCUGCCUAGAGACAAUCUUUCAGAUGUCGACAUCCCAACCCUUGCAUAUGGAGCUGACCAGGAAGGAGCUCCAGUCAACAGUGAAGAAGACAUAAGUUCUCAGUGUGGGUCUGAACAGUUAGGAAGUAGUUCAUUCAUUGACUAUGGGACUGACGGAAAGAGCUGCAUGCAGGAAGCAAGCAAUGACAAUGUUUCAGAAGCUACUUCCCCACUGCUUGCCUGUGUGGGUGAACCCUUUGUCUUUAGCUUGGACACAGCUGAUGCAGGCGAGCCUGAACUUCCACCUUCACCGAUGAACCGAGGGGUUAAGGAAGAAGCUGAUGAGUUAGAUACAUCUUGGACUGCUGAAGGGGGAGUACCUGAUACAGUACAAGAUGAGGAUCUUCCAGAGGAAGAUACUGUUAUAAUUGAUGAGCCAGAGGAGCUAGAGACAGAUGACAUUGGCAACCGAGACCCCAAAAUCCUGACCCACAAUGGAAAAGUGCUAACUCUGGAAGACCUUGAAGAUUACUUUCCUGAAGAAGGUGAGACCUAUGGAUGUGAUGAUCAAAACUACACAGAAGACAAGCCCUGUGAGAUCUCUGUGCUCCAGACAGAAAUUAAUGAACCGACGGUGGGGAAGCCUGUGUUGCUAAAUCUCGGGAGACCUGUUGUUCCUAAACCAAGGCAAAGCUUUUUCAGCAAGUUCAAGGAGCACCGUCCUGAAGGAAUGUUCAUGUCAGCAUCCAGAGUAACAGGAGUGCAGUCCGUGGGUCCGUCUAACAUUUCUUUCCAUGUGAGUGAGACAUGCACCGCAGCAGCCGCUCCUGGUGUGCAUGCAGCAGCGCCAGCAGCCUCACCUGGACCUUCCUUCCAAGUGAAACCAUCUUUCUGUACCGGAGUUCAGCUCUCAGCGGACAAUGGGCAGUCCAGCUUUAAAACUGAAGUUUCCACAAGAACCCUCAGCUAUGGAACUAUCGGCGAGCCUGUUAUGUUGCACAUCAGCACGGAAGACCCCUCCCAGAGCUGAGUAGAUACAAGCAGCAUUCUUAAAAUCAAAUAAAAAAUACAUAAACAAACAAACAAAAACAUUCUAGGGUGGGUGAAAUUGGUGGUGAGAAUUCUAGGGAAACACCUAAAAGAAAAAUACCUUAAGGAAAACGUAUAGACCGUGACAUGUAGAGCUUUUCCAGUCUUAAAGGGAACACUUCUGUCAGUUCAGUUUAUAAUUGAUCCUGGUGAAAGCAUAUCAUUCCAUAGAGAAGUGGUGAGAGGCAGGUUCAAUAGACUUAGGGUGACCUGCCUCUCUUACUUGUGACAAAAAUAUAAAUAAGCAAGCACAUUUUUCUUCGAGAGUUUAAAAAUUACUUCAGCUCUCAGACUGAGAAGUCACUCAGUGGUGAGACAUUUAAGGUAUCUCAGCUUGGCAAUACCUUCCAGCCAUCAAGAGAAGGGAGGGUAGUUUCAUUUAAGCAUAUCUUCUGUCACUGUACAUGCCAGACAGGCAGCAAAAUAGUUUGCACUGCUUUACUUUUACUAAAUGCUGAUGGGACAAAUUAGCUCUACCAAAAAUGUGUUCAUAAACCUUUCAGAUUGUGUAAUCUGUUUAAAUUAUUAUUAUAUUUUCCAGAGAGUGAAACCUACAGAAGGUACUACACUUAUUAGGCAAUACUACUGAUUUAAGAGACUGCUGAAACAUUUUGGGUGAAAUUCUGACCCUACCAAAGUCAAUGGCAAAACUCCCAUUGACUUCAACAGAGCCCAGUCUGGGUACAACCAUGUUCCACCUUUAUUAAAAAGUCUAUCAUUGUUAAUCAACUACUUUUUGUUAAUCCUUUAGGAGGUAUGGGUUUCUAUGAUUCUGCAUUCUUUAUUCAAGUUCAGUAACGCUAUAAAUCAUCCUAAAUUAUGAUAGAGGUUUGCUUUAUCUACACUUAAAAGAGUAUUGAUUAAAGGAAUGGAUAGGCUAAUACAAUAUCUACAAUCCAGAUUAAAAACAUGUGUAGAACCACAAAUAAAUUAUUUCAUAAAUGAAUAAUUACUAUGUGAGUAGAAUGGUUAAUUAGGUCUCCUGUACAUGUUAAUGGUUAAGCUUCGCCACCAGUGCAUUAGUGGUUAAAGUUUCCUAAUCUCCUAAUGCAAAUUUACCCAUGAACCAUAUUAAAGUUGCAGGAGUACGAAUACAAUUAAAACCUUCUUCAAGAAAUAACUUGUUUAUGGGGUUUUAGUGUACUAUGCCAUUUGAAUACACUGCCAGUGCAAGAUGUACCAUUAUACUGUAGCCACUUUGGUUUAGCUGUGUUGUAGAGGUCACCCUUUAUCAUAGACAGUUGUGUUUCUCUAGAGCUUUGACAGAGAGAUCUCAAAUGCAUGAUGAUGGCUAAUCCAGUAAGGGUAUAAUUCUGCAAGGUGCUGAGUGCCUCUGAGAGGUGGUGAGCACCCUCAGCUCUCACUAGCUUCAGUGAAAAUUGAUGUUGCAUAGCACUUUCAGAAGAUGCUCAGUCCUUUGAUGAGACUGAGUCCUUACAGCUAGGUUCUUGUCCCACUUGAUGUCAGUUAAAGUUUGCCAUUGUUCUCAAUGGAUAUGUCUACACUGCAAUUAGAAACCCACCCCUGGCCUGUGCCAGCUGACUCAGGGUUCAGGCUAAGCCUCUGUUUAACUGCAGUGUAGACGUUCGGGCUUGCCCGACCUCUAGGACCCUCUCACCUCACAGACUUGUAGAACUUGGUCUCCAGCCAGAUCCUGAAUAUCUACACUGCAGUUAAACAGCACUUUAGCCUGAGCCCCACAAACCUGAGUCAGCUGUCACGGGCCAGCCACUAGUUUCUAAAUGCAGUGUAGACAUACCAAUAGGACCAGGAAUUGGCCCUGGUGUCUGACAUUGUCUAUGUGACAGAAGAUAUGAGAAAAAGAAACAAAACCUUAUGUAAGUUGAGUCGCACGGUAAUGUUGCUAAAAAAACACAAUAAUUUUUAUCUGGAUGGUACAGACCAGGAUGUUACAAGAAUGCUAAGAGACAGUUUGCUUGCUAAUCAUCUUAAAGAGGAUUAAGUGAGUUUUCUCUUAGAACAUCACAUGCCAGUGUUUUCAGUCUUGAUGUUACCUAACUAGAUAAUGUGUGAAACUUGAUCCAGUGUUCUGCAGAGCACUGCCGUAGAAAAGGUACAGCUAACUUUAAAAAGGUGCCUUCACAAAAAUUACAAUUCUUGUUUCAAGAGCUGAACCUGGAACAUGUGAUGGCUAAAAUUAAUUCAGUAAUUUAACGUUCUUUUUCAUUUCAGUAUCUAAAGGGUAUAUUUUGUAUACAGACGUGCACUACAUUUUUGAAGUUUUAAAAUUUCUCAGUGACUACAGGUGGUGAAAGAAAUAAAACCUCUUUUAUGGUACUAUCAUUUUUUCAAUAACACCUCAUUGGUUUAUACUGUAUCUUUUAUAUUUAAGCUAUACAAUGGCUAUAUAUUAGUUCUUCACUUAUGAGAAAUAUUACACUACUGUACAUUGGAGAGUAACAGACAUACAAGGGGAGGAAAUAUUUCUGAACUGAAAAUAUUUCUGUUUUAUUGGGCCAUAUUCUGAUCUCAGUUACUCUGAUGUAAAUCCAGAAUAGCUCCACUGAAGUCAAAUUUACACAGAUGCAACUGUGAAAAGAAUUUAGCCCGUAGCCAUCGUUAAGCAGAAAUAAAAUAGAGAUCUAGGUCUGUCAAGAUAUACAACGGAAUGUGGAGUUAUUUAUUUUCUCUUGACCUGGUUUUUGCUUAGUAAUGACUUUGUUAAUGAAGUAGAGUUGCAUUUCAAAUGCUUGUAGCAAAGAAAUACUUAUAUUUCUGGUGAUCAACCAAAAGUAAAUAACAUCUGUUUACAUUUUCUUUGGAAAUUUAAACAAAAAAUAUAAGUGAAAAAGGAAUUAAAAAUCCUAUCACGGUACUCUAUUUUAAAAAAAUGAAAAAAUUAUUAAAAGUCCUUUACGUUUAUUUUCAAAGUAUUUUCCUAGAGGUUAAAAAGUAUGCUUGUAAGUGAUUUAAAAUUUGUAGAUAACUAAGGAUAUGUGUGGGGGUUUAUUUCCUGUAGAUGAAGACAUAACACUGUAUUAAAAUUAACACACAGAAUGUUUUACUGUAAUUCCCACGGGCAAAAGGGUGUGAAAAAGGUGGAAACUUCAGUUUGUUUGAGAGACAAAAAACUAAAAUAAAUCU